AAAAGUUGACGUUGAAGUUGAACACGUGUUUUGUGGUACAGUAAUGUAGUGCUGUGUUUUAACGUUAGUAAUAUAUUAAAAAUGCCUCCAUUUCGAAAAGGCCUAUCGAAAAGAAAAUUAGAUAAUAAGGAUAGUAAACUGAGUAGUAUAAAAAAAUCAUCAAACGAGGAUGACCUUGAGGGCGCAGAGGAUAGCUGGGAUGAGAAGCUAUUUGCCGGUGAGCUGCGCGACGGCAGCGACAGCGAUAACGACUCUGAAAGCGAGACCCGCGGCGACACAAGCACCGACAGUGAGAUUGAGGGGGUAUUGUUUCAGGAUGAUGCCGAUUCCACAUUAGGAGUUGAUGUGGAAGGAAUUUGUGACCAAUCUUCAGAAUUAACGGAUUCUGGAGAGGAGUAUCAUUCAGAGGAGAGCAGCAGUACAGAUGAGGACAGUGGGGAAGAGUCUGGACUUGGCCACACACACUCUGGAUCCAGUUUAGAUGAAGGUCUGGGCCAAGCACACUCACAACUGCAGGACAAAACAAAUCAGAGCAAGAAAGCAGUCAAAACAAAUAAAGGACAAGAUAGCAGCAACAGCAUUGAAAUAUUAGCAAAUAAGACAGAGCAAACUGAUGUUGUAAUCCAGCCUGUGGGUCAAAAAGGUAGCAACGCCAACGUUCUACAGCCGUUAAGACCGCUAAAGCCUCACGCUCAGUAG